AUGCCUCGGGGUCAGAAGAGUAAGCUCCGUGCCUGAGAGAAACGCCGUCAGGCCCGAGAAGAAACCCAGGAUAUGCAGGGUGCUCAGGCCACUGUAACAGCUAAAGAGUCCACCUCCUCCUCUUCUAUGCGUUUCAAAGGUCCAAAUCAGAGUUCUCCUACUUCUGGAACACUCAGUACUCCCCAGGGGCCUCAAAAUGCUCCAUCUAUCACCAAUUCUGAAGUUGCUGUUUCAACCACAAAAGCUACCAACUACCAACGGGAGGAAAGUCUAAGCUCUGGAAGGGCCCAGUCCACCACUGAGCAUUUGCACAAAGGACCCCUAGAUCAGAAGGUGGUUAUGCUGGUACAUUACCUGCUGUGCAAGUAUCAGAUGAAAGAGCCCAUUACAAAGGCUGACAUGCUGAGAAAUAUAAUCCAAAUAUACAAGAAUCAAUUCCCUGUGAUCCUCAGGAGAGCCUCUGAGCACUUAGAGUUGGUCUUUGGCCUUGACCUGAAGGAAGUGGAUCCCAUCCGGCACACCUACAUCCUCAUCAACAAACUGGAACCUAGCUACAAUGGGAGGCUGAGUGAAGACAUAGGAGUGCCCACAACUGGCCUCCUGAUGACGGUCUUGGGUGUGAUUUUCACGAAGGGCAAUUGUGCCACUGAGGAGCAAGUCUGGAAAGUGCUGAAUGCGAAGGGAAUCAUGUACCAUGCUGGCAGGAAUCACUUCAUCUUUGGGGAGCCUAAGAAGCUCCUCACCCAAGAUUUGGUGAAGCAAAAGUACCUGGAGUACCAGCAGGUGCCCAGCAGUGAUCCUCCACGUUACAAGUUCCUAUGGGGUCCCGGAGCCCAUGCUGAAACCAGCAAAAUGAAAGUCCUGGAGUUUUUGGCCAAGAUCCAUGAUACCACACCAACUGCCUUCCCCAGUCAUGAAGAGGCUGUGGAGGAUGAGGAAGAGAGAGCUCGAGCCAGAGUUGAAGCCAGGGCUCGAAUUAGUGCUACAGCAAAUGCACAUUACAAGGCUAUAUCCAGCAGUUCCUCCUGCCCCAAGUGA